GAUGAAGAGGAGGAGGAGAUUGGGACAUCUGUUUCUCAUGGAGACCAUGUUGAUACAUUCUCCACAUCCAGAGAGCAACAGCAGGAAGAUCACAGAGCUAAGAGGUUUCACCAUUGCCCACAUUGUGAGGAGAUUUUCCCAUUUCUAUCAAAGCUAAAAAUACACCUAAAAAUACACACAGGAGAUAAUCCGUAUUCCUGUACUGACUGUGGGAAGAGCUUCACAACAUCAACAAAGCUAAAAGUUCAUCAGAGAACACACACGGGAGAAAAGCCUUACUCCUGCUCUGACUGUGGGAAGAGUUUCUCCCGAAUGGAUAACUUAAACACACAUGAACGUAUACAUACAGGAGAGAAGCCUUACUACUGCUCUGACUGUGGAAAAAGCUUUAAAACAACAGCUGAGCUAAAAGUUCAUCAGAGAACACACACAGGGGAGAAGCCUUACUUAUGCUCUGACUGUGGGGCGAGUUUCUCUCGACUGGGCCACUUAAAAAUACAUGAACGUAUGCAUACAGGAGAGAAACCGUACCCCUGCUCUAAUUGUAUAAAAUGCUUCAAAACAUCAACUGAGCUAAAUGUUCAUCAGAGAACACACACAGGAGAGAAGCCUUACUUCUGCUACGACUGUGGGGCAAGUUUCUCUCGUCUGGGCAACUUAAAACUACAUGAACGUAUACAUACAGGAGAGAAGCCUUACUCCUGCUCUAAUUGUUUAAAAGGCUUCACAACAUCAACUGAUCUAAAAGUUCACCAGAGAACACACACAGGAGAGAAGCCUUACUUAUGCUCUGACUGUGGGGCAAGUUUCUCUCGACUGGACCACAUAAAACUACAUGAACGUGUACAUACAGGAGAGAAGCCUUACAUCUGCUCUGACUGUGGAAAAUGUUUUAAAACAACAGCUGAGCUAAAAGGUCAUCAGAGAACACACACAGGAGAGAAACCUUACUCCUGCUCUGACUGUGGCAAGAGUUUCUCUCAACUGGGCCAGUUAAAAAUACAUGAACGUAAACAUACAGGACAGAAGCCUUACUCCUGCUUUUAUUGUGUAAAAUGCUUCACAACGUCAACUGAGCUAAAAGUUCAUCAGAGAACACACACUGGAGAGAAGCCUUACUCCUGCUCUGACUGUGGGAAGAGUUUCUCUCAACCGAGCCACUUAAAAAGACACCGAGGUAUACAUAAAGGAGAGAAGCCUUCCUAUUGCUCUAACAACGGAAAAUGUUUUAAAUCAUCAGCGGAGCUUAAAGGUCUUCAGAGAACACACACAGGCGAGAAAUCUUACUUCUGCUCUUACUGUGGCAAGAGUUUCUCCCGAUUGGGCAAUGUAAAAAUACACCAACGGAUACACACUGGAGAGAAGCCUUAUCACUGCACUGACUGUGAGAAGAUAUUCUCUCAACAGAGCAAUUUAAAAAGACACCAAAGUAUACAUAAAGGAGAGAAGCCUCAUCAGAUCUCUCAGAUCAGCUAAGAUUAGACACUCCACUUCACUCUCAUCUCGUAAAAUAAUUGGCAAUGUUGAAUUGGAUCAAAUGAAGAAAGCAUAGAACACUCUAUUGAAAUCCUGUUGUUUCUCACUGUGAGAGAACCGUGCAGAGGAAAGGGAGCAUUUUAUAGAAUGUUAGCCUCUCUUUACUUUACUGAUCAGUGUGCAUCUUGUUAGUUUUGGUGUGUUUUGUUAGUUUCUACUGUGAAGAUAUUGAGAUGACCUUGGAUUUGCCCUUAGGGUUGAAUAUCCUCUGUGAGGCAUCUCACAAUGGAGUCUGGUGAUGAUGUUUAGAUAUCAUGUGGCAUUCAAACGUUGCUUCAUUUCAAACGUUGCUCCACCCCACACCAUCGCACCACCAGCCUGCAAUGCUGACACACAGCAACUCAAUAUCAGAAAGGUGUUCCUAAUGUUUGUACACUCAGUGUAUAUCAGAUAAAGAUGGUGUGAUCUGUUUUUAGCAUUAGUUUGGCUGGAUGAUUUUAUAUUAGUAAACAACUUUUGUUUAAUGAUAAACAGGCUAUGAAUUGACUACUUGUGUUUAUUAAAUUGUAUUUUAAUACUAGAUUCAUUAUUUUAGUCAUUGAUGAUGAAUGUGUUUUAAUAACUGUAUUGAAGUUAAAACUUCUUUGGUAUAGGGGGCAGUAUUUUGACAUCUGAAUGACAAGCGUGCCCAAAGUAAACUGCCUGUUACUCGGGCCCAGAAGCUAGGA